UUCUUGCUUCUAUUGUCACGGUUGUCAUGCACGCUGUAGUCAACUACUGUGGAAUUUCUUUUUUUUUUUUUUUGUCGUUGUCGCCCUGCAAAAGUAAUGGUGACCAAGAGGGGACCGAAGCACAAAGACCAGUGGUGCAUGCAACAAGCAUGGGCAUUGGCGUGUGAAAGUGCAGCAAUGACAGGGUUAAUCCGACCCAUAUGGUGUAGCAGGAGGUUGGGUCCUCCUAGCAGGAGAGGGAAGGCAGAGCAGAAGGGAGAAGGCAGCAGGACGCACACUUGCAACACCUGCACCUGGUCGCUCUAUUUCCUCCGGCGGAGUGAUAUCCCAUCCGUAGAUGCCAAAACUUUGAAGGAUUUCGUUUGACUAAACUGUGCUCUUUUCUUCUCCUGAACGUGGAAUUUUCCUUCAAAAACGCUGAAAAAAAGGAUAAUUUUGCUUUGCCUGGCUUUGACUCCCCACAACUUUUCGUCAAAAGAGUCUGAAUCCAAGAUUUAGAUCUCUGUGGGCUACCUGCAUGACUGUUACUAUGACAACAUCUGGAGCCCAACUCUUCCUGUUGGCCUUCUGUGUUUACAAAGGCUGGGGCCUUCAGCAGUCAGCGCCACGGGUUCGCCUCUCUUUCAAAGUGUCUUGGAGGAGUCGACGGCAGCUAUGGACGGCACAAGCUCAGCUUUUCUCCGAACUGAUGGAAACUCGGGCGGCACGACCCUUCAGUUUUUCCUUUAACACCAGUGACUACAGAAUCCUCCUCAUGGAUCAGGACCAAGGCCGCCUAUACCUGGGCAGCAGGGAGUACCUGGUGGCUUUGGAUAUGCACAAUGUCAACAAAGAGCCUCUAAUAAUUCAUUGGCCAGCAUCUACAAAGAGAAAGGGAGAAUGCCAAAUGACUGGAAAGGGAAAACAGGGUGAAUGUGCCAACUUUGUGCGGUUGAUUGAGCCGUGGAACCGCACCCACCUCUACACUUGUGGAACGGGAGCUUACCAACCCAUCUGUACAUUCAUCAACAGAGGCUGGAGGGCAGAGGACUACCUGUUUCGAUUGGUCUCUGGGUAUGUGGACUCUGGGAAGGGAAAAUGUUCUUAUGAUCCCAAGCAGGAGAAUGUUGGAGUUCUUAUUGAUGGUAACCUGUAUGCGGGUGUCCAUAUUGAUUUCAUGAGCACGGAUGCGGCACUGUUUAGGACAAUGGGCGGAAGAAGCGUCAUCAGGACGGAGCAAUAUGAUUCCAGGUGGCUGAACGAGCCAGUGUUUGUUCAGAUUCAGCAGAUCCCUGACAGCGCAGAGAGGAAUGAUGACAAGCUCUACUUCUUCUUCCGCGAGAAAACUUUAGACUCCAGCGGCGGUGCAAGCCCUAAUGUCUUAGCCAGGGUAGGGAGAGUGUGUCUGAAUGAUGAAGGAGGCCAGAAAUCUCUGGUGAGCCGCUGGACGACGUUCCUUAAAGCUCGUCUUAUCUGCUCGGUGAUAGGAGAAGAUGGAGUGGAGACACGAUUUGAUGAACUGCGUGAUGUAUUUAUUCAGCCGACACAGGAUGAACGAAACCCGUUGGUGUUUGCUCUCUUCACUACAGCAGGGUCUGUGUUCAAGGGCUCAGCAGUCUGUGUCUACUCAAUGGCUGACAUCCGCAACGUUUUCAACGGGCCCUUUGCCCAUAAACACGGCCAUAAUUACCAAUGGACAGUGUACAACGGCAAGAUUCCGUAUCCGCGGCCAGGAACAUGUCCAGGAGGAACCUUCACCCCUGGUAUCCGCUCCUCCAAGAACUUCUCGGAUGAGGCUGUCAAUUUCAUCCGGGCCCACCCCCUCAUGUUCCACCCUGUGUACCCCAUCCACCGCCGCCCCCUAGUGGUGAGAACUGGCGUGGACUACCGUUACACUGCAAUGGUGGUGGAUCAGGUGGACGCAGUGGAUGGACGCUACCAGGUGCUCUUCUUGGGCACAGAUCGAGGCACCGUCCAGAAAGUCAUAGUUUUACCCAAAGACCAAACCACCAUGGAGGAGCUGACACUAGAGGAAGUUGAGGUUUUCCGGAGCAGAGCUCCUGUUAAAACUAUGAAGAUCUCUUCUAAAAGACAACAGCUGUAUGUGUCAUCAGAUGCAGGGUUGACUCAGGUGUCGCUGCACCGCUGUGGCGUGUACGGUAGAGCCUGUUCUGACUGUUGUUUGGCCCGAGACCCAUACUGUGCCUGGGAUGGGGAAAGCUGCUCUGCCUUCACUCCAUCUACCAAGAGGAGGAGCAGAAGACAGGACGUGAAGCAUGGCGAUCCUCUAAGGCAGUGCCGAGGCUUUAACGCCAAAGUGGAAAAACGUUUGAGGGAAACAGUGCAGUUUGGGGUGAAAGGCAGUAGCACCUUUUUAGAGUGUCAGCCUCGCUCUCCUCAGGCCACAGUCAAGUGGCUUUUCCAGCGGGAUGGGAAAAGGAAAGUGCUCAGCCGUGAAGGAGAUGUUUUAAAGACCAACCACGGUAUCCUCCUGAAGUCCCUCAACGAAUCUGACGCAGGUGCGUACCACUGCCUCGCCACGGAGAACAACUUCAAACACACGGUGGCCCGCGUGGCUCUGCGCGUUCUCGAUCGAGACAUCGUUUUGGCUCUCAGCGCUCGGGAAGACGAAGAGGAGGAUCAUAAAACUCGCAAUGCGCGACCUUACCCUCAGUCAUCGCUUGGCUCCACACCGUUCCCACCUGAGAUCAGACUGAUUAACCAGUACUGCCAGUCUUAUCGGGAGCAAUUCAGUCCCCAAAAACCACAGCGCAAGCGCACCAGCCGGCGGCACACGGAAGGCCAGGAACAAGGUCCCGGUUAAGAGGCAUGAGCCUGUUUGGACUUAAUUGGUGUUGUUCAUGCAUGUUUGUGCAUUUCCUCCAUUCAUUCGACAGGUGAUGCUGUCAUGCUGUUUAAAGUACCAGAUUGGUGGUUUUGUCACAUGUCAGGCCAGCCAGUUCAUAUUGUGGACAUCACACACCACUAGCGCAUUCCAGUCCUUCCAGUGUGCCGUACAGUUCAAGUCAUACUUUUUUUUUUUUUAUAUAUUUUGGGAAUCAAAAUGUAAAACCCUAGCAGUGGUCGGUGGUUAUAGCAACAGUUGACUGCAUUGUUUAAUUUCCUUUUAGACCAACUGAAAUCUAUUGUUGGGUUGCAACCAUGCAAUCUAGAAGCACUUCCCGUUUUUGUAUGCAUGGUAAACGUUCAGUUACGUCCGGAUGCAUAGAUGUCACGGUAUAUUUACUUUAAAGUUUAGAGGUAAUAAUACAAGAACGAUAUAAAAAAAAAAAUAGCACAUCCAUCCAUCCAUUUUCCACUCCUUAUCCCUCUCGGGGAUCUCAGCUACACUCGCGCAGAAGGCACAACCUUAAAAAGAAAUACUUUUCACAAGACUAACGAUUCACCAACUUUUUAAAAUAUUUGGUUGAUCAAACUUCCUUCUGAACUCUAAAAGAGUGGAAAAGUAUGCAGAAACAUCAUUUUUUUGAAUCAGUAAACAUUAGGCCAUGAAAGAUAAUGUUGGACUUUAUUAUACUAAAUGAUUUAUACAUGUUUAUCCCAUAGCAACGACAUACCGUAUCUCGGUAUCGACAAACUUUUACAUAUAACAGAGGGCCUUAUAAAGUAAUUCUUAGGCCUAAGAAAAAAGUUCUUUCUGAAUAUCAAAGUUGGUGGAAGGUAUUUUGCAAAGUUUUCUUGAGGCUAACAUUGCUUCGUAUGAGUUUACCACUACACAUCAAACACACAAAUUAAUUAUGUGUGGAAGAUACCCAAAUAAAACUGCUUAUUGGUAUAUAUACAUGGAGAAUAAGAAAAGUAAAUAUGUUUUUAAAGGUUUUUGUGAAUUCAUAGAGACAUUUAAAAAAGUGGUGACCGUUAACCUGAUUGUGACCCAUUGCUGCUGUGACCCAUUGUCACAACGGUAUAUUUCUCUGCUUUUUUAGGUUUUACCAGCUUUUGUCACUUAUUUAAUGACGAACUAUCAGUACUUUGAAACAACCAUUUUUACAGGCGAGAACAGUCUUCCCUCGCCACAUCUCAGAUUUUUAAAAUUGUAUUCUGACACUAUUUAGCAUAAACUAGGCAUUUUCCAGCAGGAAAAUUGCUAAAUGACCAAAAAUAUCAAUACUACAGUAGUAUUUAGCCAUUCCAUGAAACCAAACUAAUCAGAGGUCACUGUUCAGUAUUGUGACCACUGAUUGGCUCAGCCUCAGGGAGCAUUAGUUAUUGGAAUGAGAGUGUAAAGCUGACUAAAGAGUGUUAUUUCAUGUCCACAGGGCUCUCAAAAUGUUGAAAAAUAUUAGUAUUUAGAAUGUUGUUAUGCACUAACUAUGAACAUAUUUGAUUUAUAGUUAAUGAUGCCUACUUUGCCAGAAUUCAUUAAUCACCUUCAUUUCUGGAACCAAUUAACGGCGAUAAACUAGGGAUGCCACAUUUGCACUCUGCUUUCAAUUGACUUAGGAAUAUGGUUGUUUGCCCCCCCCCCCCCAGCGCUUGAGCCUAUGACAACUGCAGUCGGCUGUGACGUCAUGUGCAACCAAGCAAUAGCAAAACCACACAUCAGGCAUCUGUUUACUAUUAAUAAACAGUUUUCUCUCACAACUGCAUGACUCCUAUGACAUAUGUAACAAUAAAGUCUGCACCAUUGAGUCAUAUUCAGACGUCACUACACUGCAAGCUAAAGUGCAUCGGGAAAGUAUUCACAUCGUUUAAUUUUUUCUCCACAUUUUGCUAUGUUACAGCCUUAUUUCAAAAUGAAAUGAAUUCAUUUUGGUCCUCAAAAUUCUACACACAAUGCCGUAUAAUGACAAUGUGAAAAGGCUUUCUUUUUUCUUUUUUUUUUAAUGUCCAUCCAUCCAUCAUCUUCCGCUUAUCCGAGGUCGGGUCGCGGGGGCAGCAGCCUAAGCAGGGAAGCCCAGACUUCCCUAUCUGCAGCCACUUCGUCUAGCUCUUCCCGGGGGAUCCCGAUGCGUUCCCAGGCCAGCCGGGAGACAUAGUCUUCCCAACGUGUCCUGGGUCUUCCCCGUGGCCUCCUACCAGCUGGACGUGCCCUAAACACAUCCCUAGGGAGGCGUUCGGGUGGCAUCCUGACCAGAUGCCCGAACCACCUCAUCUGGCUCCUCUCGAUGUGGAGGAGCAGCGGCUUUACGUUGAAUUCCUCCCGGAUGGCAGAGCUUCUCACCCUAUCUCUAAGGGAGAGCCCCGCCACCCGGCGGAGGAAACUCAUUUCGGCCGCUUGUACCCGUGAUCUUAUCCUUUCGGUCAUGACCCAAAGCUCAUGACCAUAGGUGAGGAUGGGAACGUAGAUCGACCGGUAAAUUGAGAGCUUUGCCUUCCGGCUCAGCUCCUUCUUCACCACAACGGAUCGAUACAACGUCCGCAUUACUGAAGACGCCGCACCGAUCCGCCUGUCGAUCUCACGAUCCACUCUUCCCCCACUCGUGAACAAGACUCCUAGGUACUUGAACUCCUCCACUUGGGGCAGGGUCUCCUCCCCAACCCGGAGAUGGCACUCCACCCUUUUAAUGUUUUUAAUUUAUUUAUUUUUUUAAAUCACAUGUCCAUAAGUAUUCAAAGCCUUUUCUCAGUACUUUGUUUAUGCACCUUUGGCAGCAAUUACAGCCUCAGGUAUUUUUGAAUACGAUGCCACAAGCUUAGCACACCUAUCUUUGGGCAGUUUCACCCAUUCUCUUUGCAGCACUUUCAGGCUCCAUCAGAUUGGAUGGAAAACAUUGGUUUUCACUUCAAGAUGUCUCUGUACUUUGCUGCAAAUAUCUUGCUCUAGUCAGGGAGGUGACUAAGAACACAAUGGUCACUCUGUCAGAGCUACAGCUUUCCAACUCUGUAACAAUCUUCCCAUCAGGCCUGUAUGGUAGAGUGGCCAGGCGGAUGCCAUUUCUUUGUAAAAGUUUGCCAUAAUGCACCUGAAUGGCUCUCAGACCAUGAGAAACUAAAUUCUCUUGACCCGAAGGACAAAGAUUGAACUCUUAAGCGUGAUUUCCAGGCAUCAUGUUUUGAGCAAACCAGGCACCGCUCAUCACCAGGCCAAUACCAUCCCUACAGUGAAGCAUGAUGAUGGCAGUGUAAUUUUGUAGGGAUGUUUUUCAGCGUGAACUGGGAGACUCUCAGGAUAGAAGGAAAUAUGAAUCCAGCAAUGUACAGACACAUCCUGGAUGAAAACCAUUGCUUCCCAUCCAACCUGAUGGAGUGUUACAAUAUACAUUUUUAGUUUUAUAUUUUAAAUAAACUUUUAAAAUUCUCAUUAUGUUGUGUAGUGUGUAAAAUUAUGAGGAAAAAAUUAGGCUGUAAUAUAAAACGUGGAAAAAGUGAAGCGCUGAGAAUACUUCCCGGUUGCACUGUAAUAGGCGUUUUUUGAAAAUAUGACUGACUUUCAUGUAUGGGACAAGAAGGUGGCAAUGCAAAACCACAAGUGUGGUACUUUUAAGUAUAUGGAAACAAAUGUAAUAUAUUGAUUGUGAAUAUAAUAUAUACCGUCAUGUAUUGUUGUAUUGUAUGAGGAUAUAAUGAUGGUGCAAAUGUUGCAUGCUUCUGUAUGUUGUUAGUUGCCAUUGUUCUUCAGCCUUGCUGUGUAAUGUUUAUAAGGUGUAAAAUGUUCAUAUUUUACUGUUGAGCUAAGUAAACUGUACUUUGCGCCCCAUGUCCUGUCCUCUUGUGACCCCCCCAGUAUGUGAGUGGUGAGACGUACAGUGACCUUUCAGUUAUGCACUUUUUCAGUGGUGGUGGGUUUUUUGGGAUGUUUGCACAGAUGUAUCAGUAAGUACAUUUUUUUUUAAUGUACAGUGUAUUGUUAUAAAAAUUGAGAUGAUGUUGA